AUGAGCUCUAGACCUGCCGCCAUGUUUAAGAACCUUCCUGCUUCAAGGAUAUUGAAGCAGAUUGAACGCUUGAACCUUAUAGCCGGAACACCCGAGAAUGCUUUCAAGUUUCAACCAAAUGUUAAGAGCAUUGAAUUAUUUCUUUUAAAAGCUCCUGUUCAAGGUCCUCAUAUAGGUUUAAAGCGUUUCUGGAGACAAAACCUUCCGACUUUGCAAUUUCAUAAUCCGGAUGUGGACUUUAUUAUGACCAGAAUUAAAGUUGAAGAUAAAGCUGAUUUAAAGAAAGUGCCUGCCAGAGUUGUGAUAAGUGGAGAAGGUGAAUCUAAAGUACUCAACUGUUUAGAAAAGUCACAACAACAGAUUCUUAAUGAACUUGUGGAACUUACAGGCGCCACAUCUAUUCCCAUAGAAGAAAUUCCUAUUAUCAGCAAACCCGAUUCCCAUUGA